AUGCGCCUUCAGUUGAGAACUGCACCUGUCAUCGUCGACGAAGAAUCGGCUGUCCCGGAGUCCGUUAUCAUUGCCUGUCAGGAGGCCCAAAAGGGUGGCCUCCUGGCCUCGUCAGAUUACGGAAAUCUGCUCGCAUCAAUGUCGGGUUACGAAAAACCCCCUUCCUAUGGCUACGGCUACGGCAUUGCCACACGACCUGAUCAGGCACCUGGCUAUCCCGCUUACAACCAAUCAUCAUAUGGCCUCUCCUACUCAAAUUCCCACGCGCAGGUCCCAUCUGGCCUACCUGAUGCUGCUCAAAUCCCCCUUCUCACUGAAGAGUCAUACCAAUCCCAUGACUCCUCUUUUGCUCAACAGAAUGCAUCAUCCUAUCCCUCUUACAUGGCUGCAGGAUCCCGUACCUUGCCUGACAUCGUCUCGAUUACGCCACAAAGAGGCCCUGCAGGUGGUAGAUUUAUCAUUUACAUGAACGCCACGGAGGAUCUAGAAAGCAACGGAGUCUCUUUCAUCGUCUCAUUUGGUACCAAGCGCUGCGAAGGUCGUCUCACCACUUUGCCCGGUUCAGGUCAACAACCCAACUUUGCCAUUAUUGUUGACGUUCCCGCAUUCGAGUCCACUGCAUCAUCAAGCACUGCUGUCAACAUCUACCUGGAGAUGACAGAUGGUAAUAAGCAGGCUCUGAGCAUGCCCAUCGAAGUCGGUCAGUACACGUACACAGACGCGACACCUUACGCCAUUUCGAGUCCGUCGCAAGGCAGCACGCGCAAGAGAAAGAUGUCAGAAGACGCUCAGUCACCAUCAAAGCGUCCUUCAUCGCAAAAUCUCCGCGACUCUCCGCUGCACAACCCUACCGACGUCAAGUUCUCGCCGCCUUCGUCCACUAUUGUCGACCCGUAUUCGUCGCGUCCUCAAACGGCUUCGAGCGCAAUGUCCUAUGCCCGUUCGUUCAACGCUCCCGCGCCUACUCAGUACUCACAGACCAUGCAACAAGCUCCGACAUACAGGCUGGCUCCUACGCCUAUCGGCAUGCCUCAACCGCAGCCUUUCAACUCUUACCCUUCGACCUACAUGACUGGCGACCGCGCAGCACCUACCUCCCAGGUCAGCAAUGUCUCAUCCACCGGCGCAAACCCACCUCUGAUCCGUACCACUGCUCUGCAGCCAUCGCCUACUGGAAUGUCUCCAAGUCAGCCUUUCAACCCAUACGCCAUGUACCCUUCCAACAUCAAAGCUGUCCUCAAGCUAGAGGGUGACUUGAACGGCAUGGCUAGCGACUGGAACGCCGACGAACCCGUCACACCCGAAGAGCAUGCACAAGCGCCUGGCUGCAUCUACGUCAACUGCAUUUGGUGGGAAGAGGAGAACGGCUGCUACAUCACCAGUGUUGAUACUAUCCAACUUCUGGAGUCUCUGGUCGCUGUCCGCUUCACCGUAGAAGAGAAGAACCGCAUUCGUCGCAAUCUUGAAGGCUUCAGACCUCAGACCGUGUCCAAGACCAAGACGAAGUGCGAAGAGUUCUUCAAGAUCAUCAUGGGCUUCCCAAGUCCUAAGCCGCGCAACAUUGAGAAGGAUGUCAAGGUCUUCCCAUGGAGAAUCCUUGCAGGCGCCCUCAAGAAGAUCAUUGGCAAAUACUCUGCAAGUUACUCUUCGACUGCUGGCGCUCUUCCUUCCCCAAGCUCGGUCGCACCGCCCAGGCAUCAGCUGCACAGCUCGUCCCCUCCUUCAGUCACAAGCAACACCUCGAUGACCUUCCCCACCAGCAUGACUGCAACAAGCAUGCCCAUGCAUCAGUCAAAUGUAUCAGCAGGUAUGGGUGCUAUGUCAGCAGGGCUCGGCGAUUCACGCCUCAUGAUGCAGCAACAGCAGCCGCAUGCGCAGCAGCAACAACAUCAUCAACAUCAAUACCAGCAGCAGCAUCAAUAUCAACACCAAGGUCAACAGCCGCCGCCACAUCAAGCUCACGCUCAUCAGGCACCUCAGCCUGGUAUUUCAUGGCACCAACCGUCGAACAAUUACACGACCGAGCCAAUCAUGCCAAAUCGUACCGGCAGCAUAGACUUUGCCACGUUGUGGGAGACUACCAACCCACAAGCGCCCCAGGGCCACCAACAGCAGCGUAUCCCGUCUAUCAGCCAGUCGUUGCCUCACCUGUGGCCGCAGCAAGACUGGAAAGACUUUCGCACAACACAAGCCUAG